CACUGUGUCCUUCUGUCCUGUGUCCUGCUCUUCCCAGGACAGGAUGCUGUUCCCGCUGCCCCUGCGCGCAGCCUGCAGCCUGCUGGCCUGGUUCUGCCUCUACAAAUGGUUCUGCCACCGCUACCGGCACCGGAGCCUCGAGUGGAGCUGCAGGCUGGUCACGCUGACCCACGGCAUCCUGGCCACCUGCCUGUCUGCUUACAUCGGCUUCAUCGACGGCCCCUGGCCCCUGAGCCACCCAGGGACACCCAACACGACCCUUCAGGUGCACGGGCUGUGCCUUAGCUUGGGCUACUUCAUCUUCGACCUGUGUUGGUGCGUGUACUUCCAGACGGAGGGUGCCCUGAUGCUGGCCCACCACCUGGUGAGCAUCGUGGGCAUCGCCGCCUCCUUGGCCCUGGGCGAGUCGGCCGCCGACGUCAACGCCGUCAUCUUCGGCAGCGAGAUCACCAACCCGCUGCUGCAGGCCCGCUGGUUCCUCAAGGAGCUGGGCCGCUACCACACCUUCACGGGCGACGUGGUGGAUUUCCUCUUCGUGGUGCUCUUCACCGGCGUGCGCAUCGGCGUGGGGGCCUGGCUGAUGUACUGCGAGCUGGCCUCGCCCAGGCCCCGCUGGUACAUCAAGCUGGGAGGGGUGGUCAUGUACGUGGUGUCCUGGGUGUUCAUGGUCAGCAUCUGCCGCUUCGCCCGCAGGAAGAGCAUGAGGAAGUACCAGGCCUGGAGGAGCCGCAGGAGCCGCGAGCUGGGCUUGAAAACCAACGGGCACCUCAAAAGCCACUGAGAGGAUGGCGAGCAAAGAGUUCCUCGAGUUCGCGGGCUGGCGAGGAGGGGGAUGGUGCCUGAAAUGCCACUGUCGGGAGAGGAGCCAACGCACGUUAGCAGCUCCGGAGCCAAAUUUAUCCCUGGCCUAACUCCACUGAAAUCCAUGGAGCUAUGCCAUGGAUUGCCUGGGUCUGCAGAGCUCGGCCUGGCAGAGCUGGCGCAGCACAGCCUGAACGAGGAGGGAAAGAAGGGCUAAUUUUAUAGACUAAGCAUGACUAGUCCAGCAGUGCAGGUGUAAAUAGUGAUGUCUGUAGCCAACUCCUUCAGGAUCUCAGAAGAGAGGAGGAGGUAACACUAGGUCUCCGUGUCCAGUGUCCUGUGCAGCCUAGGCAGCUAGGGCGACUCUUCAUGCUGGUAGGAAGAAGUGUCCUAGUGUUGCAUCCGAGCUGGGAUUCCUGGCUCUUCCACCACCUCGUUGUGUGACCUUGGGCAAGUCACACGACUCAAACUCUGUGCCUAAUUCCCCCUCUGUGACUUGGGGGAGAUGGAGCUGCUCCAUCUGUUACGCACUUUCAGAUUUUUACUUGAGAGGUGCUAUGUAAAUGCAAGGUGAUGGUUGUUAUCUGCACUUGGUUCAUCACCCCUGUGUUUCCCUUAGGAGAAACAACUUUGGUGGUCGAGCUAGAGUGAGACUCUAGAAAAAAUCAGUAUUUUAGGUAGGUUGUUGUUUCCUACCCUUUCUAACUCCUUUUAAUAACUUAUUCAGUACCAUAUUGAUAACUUAUUUUCUGUAGUGUCCAGAAGCUCUAAUCAGCACUGGCGCCAUACAGGACUAGGUGCUCUGUGAAUACACCCAAACACACAGACCCAGAAGGGAAAAUUUUUCCUGAUUUUCCCCUCUUCUUCCCUGACUGUUAAAACUCCCCUACAAACACUGCUUUUAUCUCCUUGGGUAACCAGCACACUCCACUUUGAGAAGCCCCAUCAGGAUUUGCCACUCAGGGGUUUUCUUGCUGAUGAGCUAAGCUCUGAUUUUGUCUCCAGAACACCAAAAUUCCCUCUGUCGUGCCCAAAGUCCAAACUGGGAUUUUGGAAUCUGCCCUGUGGAAUCAGCCCUGUGGAAGCCACAGGCUGACCUUG